AUGCCUCAACACACCGUCUACCGACUUCCCACCAGAAACACCUUCGAAGACUUGACUUGCCAUCAAGAGGACAUCCCGAAGCCUCUCAGUCAUGAAGUCUUGAUCAAGGUCCGUGCCGUGGCGCUCAACUCGCGUGAUUGCCAAAUUGCUACCUCGACAUAUCCCUUCGCCAUCAAAGAAAAUGUCAUUCCAGGUUCCGAUGCUGCAGGUGACAUCGUGGAAGUGGGUGAUUUGGUGACAGAAUUUGCGAAAGGUGACCGGGUUGUUGUCUGCUUUGAUCAGACCAGGCUAUAUGGGCCAUCGACGCACCCCGUUGCCGGUCAAUCUGGUGGUGGCGUGGAUGGCGUGAUGGCUCAGUAUAUCACCCGCCCUGCAUAUGCUGUCGUCAAAGUUCCACGCGAAGCUCCUCAGACAUACAGUGAGCUUGCUACACUUGUGUGCACCGGAGUCACUUCUUGGAAUGCUCUCUAUGGGAACAAACCCUUGGUCCCCGGCCAGGUGGUACUGGUUCAAGGCACUGGUGGUACCUCAAUGACUGCUCUAGUUCUCGCCAAGGCAGCUGGAGCUACUACCAUUGUUACUUCUUCCAGUGAUGAAAAAUUGAAUUUCGUCAAAGAAAAGUUCAGCCCCGACUGGUGUAUCAACUACUCCGAGACUCCCGACUGGGGCGCCGAAGCCAUGAGACUUACUGGAGGUAAAGGUGUCGACCAUAUCAUUGAUAUUGGCGGCGCUGGAACUAUCAAGGAAAGUCUGUCCGCUGUCGCGCGCGGAGGUGUCAUCAGCAUAGUUGGCUAUCUUGCCAAAGUCGACUCUAUGUCGGCGGCAGAUGUAUUGAUUCUUGCUCUUGGUAAGGAAGCUGUUUUACGUGGACUUAUUGUUGGCCCCAAGUGUAUGCUGGAGGAUCUGGUGACUUUUACCUCCAGAAGGCAAUUGAGGUUCCACAUUGAGAAGGAGUAUGGGUUCACUCGGGACGAUGUUUUGGCUGCCUAUCACGCGGUCGGUUCUGGAAAGCAUAUUGGGAAAAUUUGUAUUGUAGUGGAAUAA